AUGAGCUCUUCAGUCCCCGUUCCCAUGUCAGAAAACAACAGCAAUGGCGCGAGUCACAAUCACACAGCAGAUCUCCAGAUUGAUCCGGUCAUCGCGUUUGAAAUCAACUACAAGGCCCCAGGCGAAAUUUCAAAGGCCAUAAUGACAUUGCCGUGGAGUGUGGCUAGGAAAGAAAAUGUCAUCAAGUCCGAGCUUCUCAAGGCUUUGAUCACAAUGACCCCUGUCCGCGAGCCAGUCCUGCGAGCGAGCAGGAUCUGGACCAAUAAACAGCUUCACGAGCAGCUCAGCAAAGUCAUUUCAAACGCGGAAUCCGCCAUCAUUCAGACGGUCGGGCGGGUUCCAACACAGAAGUGCAAGCCAUGCUCCAAAGACCUAGGCCCCUGGACACAAUGUGUCGUCAUUGAUGACAUGGGGCAUCUUAUCAAGGCUUGCGGAAACUGCCACUGGCGGAAGAAAGACAGCCGUUGCGACUUUUGCAGAACCGCACCUCUUCCCUCCCAACAGCGAGCAGAGGAAAAUGAGCUUUCUCUUGCUGUCCCUUCGAUCCCAGCCGCCACCGCCACCGCAGUGCCAUCGAUGACUACACAGUAUACUGUUCUUGAUGCUGAGAAAGAAGCCUUGUAUGAUCGCAAUCGCCUCCUUGAAGGGCAGGUCCGACGCCUUGAAGCGCAAAUCCUCGUUCAUUGCGCCCACAUCCGCACUUUAGAAGACAACCAAUUCCUUCUUGAAGAUUCUUGCCAACUGAUCCGAGCCGCGUCCCGGAAGAACCCUCGCUUUGUAGAGGGCGAAAUCGAUGAUCUAGCAACAAUAAUCCGCUGCAACAGAAUGACUCUUAUCAAAGACCGAAACUGCAUGGAUGUCUCUAACAAUGAGUAA